AUGACAAGCGCAUUGAAAUCUCAAACUCCACACUUAUUUAUUCCCUCCACGCCUUCCCCAUUGCAGAAGUCCAAUAGUGACUUGGCACUCAAUAAGCUCAAGAACGACGCUGGAUAUAGGGAUACUGUAUAUAAGGAUAAAGACGCACAAUGUCAAUUAGUUAUAGAUAACCUCAAACAGAAAGGCUUCAUUCCUAGCAAUUUGGUAGACAACGAGGUCAACUGGUUUUACACCAGUUUGGGCAUUGAUGACACCUACUUUAAGUUAGAAACUGUAGACACGAUCUCUGAUCAUAUCAUAUCAUUAUACGCCGCAAAGUUAGUUGCUUAUACAAAACAUCGUCCAGAUAAGUCACUUGAUAUCGAUCUCCAAAAGGAACGCGAGAAUGACGCUAUCUUCAUACAUUCUCCAAAAUCAGGUAGCAACGUAGAAGAAAUCAUCGACAGUAAAUAUUUCAACAGCAAGGAUGCUCACUGGAGAAUGGAAACAUACAGAUCGUCACAUCUUAGAUGUUAUUUCCUCGCAAAGUGCAAACUUCCAGAGACUAUCUCAACUAACGGCGAUGUCAAUAUAAGGACAGUCGCUGAUCCUCUCUUCUUGGAGAAAGCUUCAAAUAACACUUUAGAUAUUUAUCAACGCAUUCUCAACCAAGUAGACGUUCGUGCAGGUCCCGUCGUCGAAGGUUUCGAAAUCGAGGGCUCAACUGAACAUCGUAUCGUUAUUGGUUAUAAGCGUGGUACAACAAAGGCUUUCUUUAGCACACUCACAAACCUUUACCACUUUUACGGUUUAUACUCCACAAGAAAGUUCGUCGAACAUUUCUCAAAUGGUUCCGUGAUAGUCAGUCUUUAUCUGAAUAAGGACCCACUCACUCCUGCACCACCAAUAUCACAUUCAGUAGUGCAGAUCGUUCGCGAGGUCUCACUCAUCUAUUGUUUACCAGACAAUCCAUUCUUUUCACGUGCAGCAGAGUCAGAGCCAGGCAAGGGUAAUGCUGUACAAGAAGCAACCUACGCUUACAUUGGUUAUAUCUACAUUACCCAUUUCUGCAAUCGCCUAGGAACAGCUUACGAAGCUCUUAAGUCAAUCCUUGAUGAAUCAAAUCCAAAUCACGCAGGUGUUUUAGCAGACCUUAAGAAGAGAUUCAGAGAAGAGACCUUCACUAAAACUGCUAUUCUGGAAGUUAUCAAAACUUACCCAGAAUUAGUCAGACUGUUGUACACACAAUUCGCAAUGUCUCAUUACCCAGCUGGCGGUGAUGAUGCUGAACAGCUCGUACCAACUCUUUCUCAUCAACGUCUUCAAGAGGUUAAUGUAUUCUCCGAUGAGGAGCUCCACAACAAGCUUGUGAAGUCCACCAGAAAUCAAUUCGAAUUGCAAGUUUUAGAAUCCUUCAUGGUAUUCAACAAACAUGUUCUCAAGACUAACUUCUACCAACCAACUAAGGUUGCUCUUUCAUUUAGAUUAGAUGGUGAUUUCCUUCCUAUUCAAGAAUAUCCACAAAAGCCAUAUGGUGUCUUCUUCGUCGUCGGAUCAGAUUUCCAAGGUUUCCAUGUGAGAUUUAAGGAUGUCGCUAGAGGUGGUAUCCGUAUUCUUCGCUCUAGAGAUGCUGAAAAUUAUGGUACGAAUCAACGUAUGUUGUUCGACGAAUGUUUCAAUUUGGCUUCAACACAGUCACUCAAGAAUAAAGAUAUACCUGAAGGUGGAUCGAAGGGUGUUAUCUUACCAGACCUCAAUGCCAAUCCACAACUUUCAUUUGAGAGAUACGUUGAUUCAAUAAUUGACUUGCUCAUUCCUGGUUCUUCACCAGGUAUUAAAGAACCAAUUGUUGAUCUUUUGGGCAAACAAGAAAUUCUCUUCUUAGGUCCAGAUGAAGGUACAGCUGGUUUCAUGGACUGGGCAGCCUUCCACGCUCGCUCACGUGGUGCUGAAUGGUGGAAGUCAUUCACAACCGGUAAGACCGCAGAAUCAUUAGGUGGUAUUCCACAUGAUACCUAUGGUAUGACAUCACGCUCUGUACGUCAAUACUACGUUGGUAUUCUUGAUAAGUUGGCAAUGGAUGAAGAGAAUACCACGAAGGUACAAACUGGUGGUCCAGAUGGUGACCUUGGUAGCAAUGAGAUUCUUUUAUCAAAAGACAAGACAGUCGCUAUCGUCGAUGGAUCUGGUGUUAUUUAUGAUCCAGUUGGUUUGAACAGAGAUGAAUUAACUCGUCUUGCGACUGCUCGUGUUAUGAUCAACCAAUUCGAUUUGAAGAAGCUUAGCAAAGAUGGUUAUAGAGUACUUUGUGAAGACAAAGACAUUCGUUUACCAUCAGGUGAGAUGGUAGCUGAUGGUACACAAUUUAGAAAUGGAUACCACCUUAGAGUCAAAGCCGAAGUACUCAUUCCAUGUGGUGGUAGACCUCAAGCUAUUAAUAUUUCGAAUGUUAACCAGCUUUUCGAUGCAGAGGGCAAACCUCAUUUCAAGAUUAUUGUCGAAGGUGCAAACUUGUUCGUUACCCAACAAGCUCGUCUUGUCCUUGAAAAGCGUGGCGUCAUACUCAUUAGAGAUUCAUCAGCUAACAAGGGUGGUGUCACUUCAUCUUCUUUGGAGGUUCUCGCUGGUUUGGCUCUUAAUGAAGAUGAAUACGUUAACUUAAUGAUGUAUAAGGAUGGUAAACCAUCCGAGUUUUAUAAUAACUACGUUAAGGAUAUACAAGAUAUUAUCGCAAGCAAUGCAACAUUGGAAUUCAACUGUAUUUGGAAGGAGCAUCAAAGACUUAAUGGUCAAGAAUCACGUACUAUUAUUUCGGAUAAGUUGUCAUCAACUCUCAACAAAUUACAACUCGAACUGGAAAGCUCAGAUAGCUUAUUUAGGGAUAUUGAAAGACGUAAAAAGGUUCUCGCGAAGGCUAUGCCAAAGACACUCGUUGAAUACGUCGGUAUUGACACGCUGAUUGAAAGACUCCCAGAAUCAUACCAAAAAGCACUUUUCGCUUGUCAAAUUUCUAGAUUCUGCUAUACUUACGGACCAGCUGCUUCACAAGUAGAGUUUUACCUGUAUAUGUCUCAAUUUUAG